ACCAAAUCAUAUAAAAAAUAUUUUCAUUUUGUAAAAAUUAUUUUCAUUUUAAAAGAAAUAAACUCAGAAAUGAGCAAAAAUAUCGUUAUUCGUGUUCAAUCACGGCAUGGAACACGACGUAUAAAUACUUCUUUUAAUGAAAAUACCAAAAAAUUCUUUGAAAAGAUUGAAGAUGAGUUUAAGUUAUCACCUGGUUCAUACAGUAUUUACUUGGAAAGAGACAAAUCAAAAAAGAUUUCUAGAAGUUCCAGACAAAGUUUGAAGUCAUUAAACUUGAGCCAUGGAAAUAUGGUAUACCUAGCUGAUACACCCUCAGCAAACAAUGGUAUUGACUCUAUGGUUGAGGAUAGUAUGGACACCACACAACAACAGACGUCUCAAAAUGGUCCAUCAACGUCAGCGAAUAUUAUUCCAGAUUGUGCAGUUGAGGAUCCAAUAGAUGUCUUCCUAGCCAAGCAGGAUGGCCUGAUACAUAGAGAGAAAGAUCCACAGUUAUGUCAACAUGGUCCAAAAGGCAAAUGUGUUCAUUGUCUCCCAUUGGAGCCUUAUGAUGAGACAUUUCUCAGAAACAGAGAACCUCCUAUUAAACAUGUUUCAUUCCACGCUUACCUGAAGAAACUCACCCAAGGUCACACAAAAGGAAAGUUUGCUGUUCUUGAAGACAUUACAUGUAAAAUAAAACCCGGUUGUAAAGAGCAUCCACCUUGGCCUGAUGGAAUAUGUACUAAAUGCCAACCAAGUGCGGUCACUUUAAAACGUCAGGACUACCGACACGUAGACAAUAUAAUGUUUGAAAAUCCUUUCUUGGUGGAGCGCUUUCUGAAUUACUGGAGGAAAACAGGAAAGCAGAGGAUGGGUUAUCUUUAUGGCCGUUACGAACAUCACAAGGAUGUGCCUUUAGGAAUAAGAGCUGUUGUUUCCGCCAUAUAUGAACCUCCACAGGUAUCCGAAGGUGAUAGUUUACAGUUGCUUGAUGAUCCACGUGCAGGACACGUGGAUGAGGUUGCCAGAAAAGUUGGCGUUCAGAAAGUUGGAUGGAUUAUAACAGAUCUAGUGGCUGAAGAUCUAAAGCUUGGCACCGUGAGACAUCUCCGACACAAGGAUACAUACUUUGUUAGUGCUGAAGAAUGCAUAAUGGCUGCUGACUUUCAGAAUAAACAUCCAAAUGUGUGUAAAUUAUCACCAACAAAUAGAUUUGGUUCUAAAUUUGUCACUGUCAUUGUUACAGGUCACAGUGAGAAGCAAAUAUCUUUUGAUGGUUGGCAGGUGUCCAACCAGUGCAUGGCAUUAGUUCAGGAUGAUAUUUUAGUCCCAACCAAAGAUGAACCUGGUCUUGGCUAUGUCCGAGAAUCUUCCAGCAAACAAUAUGUUCCUGAUGUGUUUUAUAAGGAUAGAGACUCGUAUGGGAACGAGGUGACACUCCUGGCUCGUCCAAUGCCUAUUGAGUAUGUUUUAAUAGAGGUACCUGCUGCGUUCCCGAAGGACCAUCAAUAUACCUUUCCUGGGGGCAAUGGUGACCCCUUCCCUAUUGAAAACCGUGAAGAACUUGGGGAAAUUCAGGAUUUCCAUUCAUUCGCGCUUUAUGUGAACAAACAACCACCUAGUAAUUUCCUAAACGCGUUAUCAGAUCUGCAUUUGUUGAUAUUUCUUGCAACUAAUGAGAUGUUACCUCUUAAGCAUGCAUUGGACAUGUUAUUUGAUGCCAUAAAAACAUCGGACGAAAGCAAAGCUUUGCAAUGGAGGAAAAAUGAAUCGUGGGCAACUGUUGAAGAGAUGAUCAAGUCUCAAGGUGAGGGUGAACAAAGUAUGUUAGCACAACCCCUGCAGGAGAGUGAGACAGUCCAGUGGAGUAACGACCAAUGGACGUGUAGUCAUUGUACGUUUAUCAAUGAGUCUGCAGACAGUUGUGAAAUGUGUGGUUUGCCACACUCAUAGUGUAAUGCAAAUUACUUCAUUUUCAUGGGCUGUGUGGUGGUAUUUAUAGCAGAUCUAAUCAUGCAUUGCAAUUUUAUAAUUAAAUUUUGGUAAUUUAUUGAUUGAUUAAGGCCGAAAGGGUUGAUGUGGAAUGUUGUUAAAAGAGGGGAUUGUACUGGAAUGUUAACAGGGAGGGGGGUGUGAUAGAUAUGAUAAAUGGAGGAGGGGUUGGAAUGAAGGAGUUCUAUCCAAAGGUGGUGGUAAGGUGUAUGGUUACAACUGUUUGACCUGUUUCACAAUUGAUUCAUAACACCAAACACUGGCAGAUCAAGCUGGCCUUGAAAUUACACCGUCAUCAUAUCACUAUGACUUCAGAUUAUCAUUUCAUCACUAGUCAAGACGUGUAUGAGUUGACUUCUAUACUACAAAACAAUAUAAUCACAUGUCCUUAGGAGGACAUCAUAUGAGUAAAGACAGUAUCAUUGAAGUCAGAUACUCUUGAGUAUUGAUGAUGCGAAUAUUUCAUCCGCCUUGCAAGUGAAACAAGGCGUCAAAUAAACUAACGAGAAUUUGAUAUUAACCGUGGGUAGACAAAAAA